AGAGCGGAGUUGAGCGAGUUUCCCUUGGUUUUACAGAUUAUUAAAAGGAAAAAAAAUUGCCAUGCACGACGAUCCAUCGCUAAAUCCAGUUUGAAGAAGGGUGUGAAUCUUACAUUUAAACGUUUGAUAUCAGGUAGUCGAAGCGGUCGGGCUGUGAAGGCAAACAGCAGCUUAUAUGCAACCACCCCGAAUACUUCUCACAUCUGCAUGCCAUAAGGGAGCAGCACGCGCGCACCCACCCACCAGCUGAUCUGAACCACAACAAACCUCCUGGCCGGCGUGGACCUGGAUCUACCCGAACCAACAUUAUGGCAGAACGCAAUUCCACCGGAUUACUCAUGAUGAUGUUGGAGCCGUCACCGGCGAUCGCGAUGUCUCUCCCGGCGGAGGUGCGCGAGAAGCUGGCGGAGCUCGAGCUGGAGCUCUCCGAUGGUGACAUCACACAGAAAGGCUAUGAAAAGAAAAGAGGGAAAUUGUUGGCGCCCUACAUACCACAGAUACAAGGUGUAGAUCCCUCUCUGCAGCUAGAGCACAGGAUACAGACAUCACACGUGGCCCCUCCAGGCUCCAAACAGAACAAGUCCCGGGCAGUGAACUCAAGGGAUGAAUGCUUCAGAUCAGACCUGCACACAGAAGCAGUACAAGCAGCCCUGGCAAAGUAUAAAGAGAGAAAGAUGCCUAUGCCCUCCAAGAGACGCUCUGUUCUAGUGCAGUCCUCAGUUGAAGCAUGCACUCCCCCAGACACCUCCUCCGCAUCAGAAGAUGAGGGCUCGCUACGCCGGCAGGGACGGAUCGGCUCCUCAUCUCCUUACCAGGCGCACCCUAGCAUAGAGCACUGGUUUAACAGAGUCAUCCAGGGCUCGUCCACAUCAUCAUCUGCAUCCUCCACCUCUUCCCACCCCGGAGGGAGACCCCACCACGCCACAAACACCACCUCCGCCUCAGCUGCUACAGUACUGGCUGACCUCAUGGCUCAAACCCAGCUAGACAACCACAGCACCCCCCCGGAUGUGACAGUUCUGUCAGAGCGCUCGGUGCAUGCGGAGCAUCCACAGGUGGCAUCAGUGCGAGGGCUUCCACGUGGAUACACACACACCAGCGUCAUGGAGACUGCUGACGGCACUGACAGGGGAGAUGGGAAAGCCACAGAGGGCAUUCCAGUCAACAGUCGAGUGUCAUCUAAGAUUCAACAGCUCCUAAACACACUGAAAAGGCCAAAGAGACCCCCCUUACGAGAGUACUUCGUUGAUGAUUUUGAAGAACUUUUGGAUGUCCAGCAUCCAGAUCCAAACCAGCCCAAGCCUGAGGGGGGUGAGAUGAGAGCCCUGAAUGGGGAGCCGCUGGGGGUGGUCAUGAACUGUCCCCCAUCAUUAUUGGCCUCCUUGCAGCGCUGGGGCACGACACAUCCCAAGAGCCCCUGCCUCACGUCACUGGACAACGCUGGCAAACCCAUCUACACGCUCACAUACGGGAAGUUGUGGACUCGGAGUCAGAAACUGGCCUACACGCUGCUGAAUAAACUGAGCACUAGGAAUGAACCACUACUGCGGCCUGGAGACAGAGUUGCACUUGUAUUCCCCAACAAUGAUCCUGUGAUGUUUAUGGUGGCGUUUUAUGGAUGCCUCAUGGCAGAACUGGUGCCUGUGCCCAUAGAGGUGCCACUCACUCGAAAGGAUGCUGGUAGUCAGCAGGUGGGCUUUCUGUUGGGCAGCUGUGGGGUCACUCUCGCCCUGACAACUGAUGCCUGUCAGAAGGGUUUGCCCAAAGCACAGACCGGAGAGGUCGUCACCUUUAAGGGCUGGCCACGAUUGCUGUGGUUUGUUACUGAUGGAAAGCAUGUUGUUAAGCCCCCUAAAGACUGGCAUCCUCCAAUGAGAGACGCCAGCAAUGAGAUUGCAUACAUAGAGUAUAAGACGUGUAAAGAGGGCACUACCAUGGGCAUCACUGUGUCUCACUCAGCUAUGAUGUCACACUGUCAUGCGCUCACACAGGCCUGUGGAUACACAGAGGGUGAGAUCAUGACAAAUGUUUUGGACAUUAAACGAGAUGCUGGUCUUUGGCAUGGGGUCCUUACGAGUGUGAUGAACGGGAUGCAUGUGAUCAGCAUCCCAUACUCGCUUAUGAAGGUCAACCCCCUCUCGUGGAUCCAGAAGGUUUACACUUAUAAAGCACGUGUAGCAGUGGUGAAGUCCAGGGACAUGCACUGGUCACUUUUAGCCCAGCGGGAUCAGAGAGACAUCAGUCUCAGCUCUCUCCGCAUGCUCAUCGUUGCUGAUGGAGCCAACCCAUGGUCUAUUUCCUCCUGUGAUGCCUUCCUAAACGUAUUUCAGGCCCGUGGGCUUCGACCAGAGGUGAUUUGUCCCUGUGCUAGUUCCUCUGAGGCCAUGACUGUCACCAUCCGCAGGCCUCCAGAGAUGGGUGUUCCUCCUCCGGGUAAAGCAGUGCUGUCCAUGAGCGGUCUGAGUUAUGGAGUUAUCCGAGUGGACACAGAGGAGAAGCUCUCUGUCCUCACUGUCCAGGAUGUUGGGCAUGUCAUGCCAGGAUCCCUGGUGUGUGUAGUUCGGUUAGAAGGAACACCAUAUGUGUGUCGAAUGGACGAAGUUGGUGAAAUCUGUGUGAGCUCCAGCAGUACAGGCAUCUCCUACUAUGGUCUGCCAGGAAUUACCAAGAACAUAUUUGAGACUGUUCCAGUGACAGCAUCAGGGACUCCUAUAAGCGACAGACCCUUCACACGCACAUCUCUGCUGGGAUUCAUUGGGCCGGAUAAUCUGGUGUUUGUGGUGGGGAAGGUGGAUGGACUGAUGAUGGUGAGUGGACGGAGACAUAACGCAGAUGACCUAGUGGCCACCGUACUGGCAGUGGAGCCCAUGAAGUUUGUGUACAGAGGAAGGAUUGCAGUGUUCUCAGUAUCUGUGCUGCAUGAUGAACGCAUUGUUGUGGUGGCAGAACAGAGACCUGACGCGUCAGAGGAGGACAGCUUUCAGUGGAUGAGUCGCGUACUGCAGGCUAUAGACAGCAUCCAUCAGGUUGGAGUAUACUGUCUGGCUCUGGUACCUGCUAACACUCUACCCAAAGCCCCUCUGGGCGGCAUCCACAUCUCAGAGUCCAAACAACGCUUCCUGGAGGGAGCCCUGCACCCCUGCAACGUUCUCUUGUGUCCUCACACCUGUGUCACGAACCUGCCCAAACCAAGACAGAAGCAGCCAGGUACAGAGGUGGGGCCUGCUUCCAUGAUAGUUGGAAACCUGGUGGCAGGAAAGAGGAUUGCACAGGCCUGUGGUAGAGACGUAUCACAGCUGGAGGAUAAUGAUCAGUUCCUAUAUUUGCAGGAUGUUUUGCAGUGGAGGGCUCAGGCCACUCCAGAUCAUCCACUGUUUCUGGUGCUCAAUGCCAAGGGCACUGUGGCCAGCACAGCUUCCUGUGUACAGCUGCACAAACGGGCGGAGCGUGUGGCCGUAGCGCUGAUGGAGAGGGGCCGACUCAACACUGGAGACCAUGUAGCAAUUGUUUAUCCUCCGGGUAUUGACCUGAUCGCCACUUUCUAUGGCUGUCUGUACGCCGGCUGUGUUCCAGUCACUGUCAGGCCUCCACACCCACAGAACUUAACCACCACCCUGCCAACCGUUAAAAUGAUCGUUGAGGUCAGCAAGUCUGUGUGUAUUCUGACAACACAAGCAAUAAUGAAACUACUGAAAUCCAAAGAGGCAGGGGCUGCUGUGGAUAUUAAAUCGUGGCCAUUGGUCCUAGACACAGAUGAUCUCCCUAGAAAGAGAAUUCCUCAGAUCUACAAACCACCCACUCCAGAGAUGUUAGCCUACCUGGACUUCAGUGUGUCUACCACAGGAAUACUUGCUGGGGUCAAGAUGUCCCAUGCUGCCACCAGUGCCUUGUGUCGCUCUAUAAAGCUACAAUGUGAGCUGUACCCAUCUCGACAGAUCGCCAUCUGUCUUGACCCCUACUGUGGCCUGGGCUUUGCCCUGUGGUGUCUCUGCAGUGUAUACUCAGGCCAUCAGUCUAUAUUGGUUCCUCCUCUGGAGCUGGAGAGCAAUGCGUCUCUGUGGUUGUCUGCUGUCAGUCUGUAUAAAGUGCGAGUGACGUUCUGCUCAUACUCUGUCAUGGAGAUGUGCACCAAAGGCCUGGGCUCACAAACUGAAGCACUGCGGUUAAGGAAUGUGAAUCUGUCAUGUGUACGGACCUGCAUGGUGGUGGCAGAGGAGCGGCCCCGCAUCACGCUCACUCAGUCCUUCUCUAAGAUCUUCAAAGACCUGGGCCUCUCCCCACGUGCUGUCAGCACCACCUUUGGCUGCAGGGUCAAUGUGGCCGUUUGUCUUCAGGGAACCGCUGGGCCAGACCCCACCACGGUUUAUCUAGACAUGAGAGCCCUUCGGCAUGACAGGGUUCGAUUAGUUGAGAGAGGCUCACCACACAGUCUACCACUGAUGGAAUCUGGGAAGAUUUUGCCUGGAGUGAAGGUUAUAAUUGCCAACACAGAAACCAAAGGACCUUUGGGAGAUUCUCACCUGGGUGAAAUCUGGGUGAGCAGCCCCCAUAAUGCCACAGGAUAUUAUACUGUUUAUGGGGAGGAGGCAUUACAUGCUGACCACUUCAGCACCAGACUGAGCUUUGGUGACACACAGACAGUGUGGGCUCGCACUGGAUAUCUCGGCUUCUUACGUCGUACGGAACUUACAGAUGCCAGUGGAGAGCGCCAUGAUGCCUUGUAUGUGGUUGGGUCUCUUGAUGAGACUUUAGAGCUGCGGGGAAUGCGUUAUCAUCCCAUUGACAUUGAAACGUCUGUGAUAAGGUCACACAAAAGCAUUGCAGAGUGUGCUGUGUUCACAUGGACUAAUCUAUUGGUGGUAGUGGUGGAACUCGAGGGCUCAGAACAGGAAGCUCUGGAUCUUGUGGCGCUGGUGACUAAUGUGGUUCUGGAAGAGCAUUAUCUUAUUGUUGGGGUUGUUGUGGUGGUCGACCCUGGAGUCAUUCCCAUCAACUCCAGAGGGGAGAAGCAGCGUAUGCAUUUGCGGGAUGGCUUCCUUGCUGACCAGCUGGACCCGAUAUACGUGGCCUACAACAUGUGAGAAUGUCUAACAUGGAGGAACAGAACCAGAUGCCAGAAAAAUCUGCAUAUGCAAACAUGCACAUUUACAGAAGAGUGCAAAAGAGGACUUGGGGGGGAAAGUUUGGACAGUUUUGCCUCAUGGCUUUCUCUUCCACAAACAUGAAGAGUCCUUGAUGGAGCUAUGCAUUUUUUAUAUCAAACUGUGAGAAUGCCUUGAAAAUCUAACUGUAACUCCAGUGUAUCAGGGCAAAUGACUGCAAAUAUGGAUUCAUUUAAUGAUUUCUUGUGUGGCAUAACUAUGAGUUCAGAUUUCAUUCAAGCACACUUGUUCUGCACAUAUGACACAAACUGGUUUUGAAUGUUCCUGUGUGAAGAGGACUUGCCCUGUUGGGAAAAGGAGUGCCUGAUGUCAGAAGCAGGAUGCAGAUUCUGGGAGCAGUGUGCAGACCAUUGCUAUGUAUUACAAGGGCAUGUCAAACUUUGUAAUGCAUUUCAUUUCAUGGCAUUACUAUCAGCAUCGUUUUUUUUUGGUUUAUGCUCUUUUUAUUGCAGCACUACUGUUAGGAAAUGGAAUCGCAAAAAUAAUUGCUAUUGGUUGAACAUGUCUGUCAUUGUCCAAUCAAACAGAUAGUCCCGCCCCAAACCACGCCAAUGGUUGAGCCAAUGCUAACGCAUCAGUCUGGUUGUGAUGCUCAAACAAACAGAAAUGUGUUUUAAGUACAAUGAUGUAACUCACUGCUUAACUACCAUAGUAUGAUGCAUUGUUGGAGAAAUUAUCUAGCUAGUCACAAUUGUUUCCUGAAACUGUUAACUGUAACUAUGUCGUGCAUCCAUCCUUCGAACCAUGUUGGUUCAACAUAUAGAAGGGGUGGAGUAAAAAUAUCUGCUCAGAUUGAAUGGAUGUCAAAUUAGAGGUUGUAUACAUGGACACCAGAAAGCCGGUUAUUGCGAGAAAGCUGCUUAAGACAUGAAAGUGGCAUUCACAUGUGUGCGUAGUUGCCGUUCUCUUUACCCCUGUAUACAGUCAGGUCCAUAAAUAUUGGGACAUCUACACAAUUCUAAUCUUUUUGGCUCUAUACACCACCACAAUGGAUUUGAAAUUAAACGAACAAGAUGUGCUUUAACUGCAGACUUUCAGCUUUAAUUUGAGGGUAUUUACAUCCAAAUCAGGUGAACGGGACCAAAAGUAAUGGGACAAUUGGCUGCUCAGCUGUUCCAUGGCCAGGUGUGUGUUAUUCCCUCAUUAUCCCAUUUACAAGGAGCAGAUAAAAGGUCAAGAGUUAAUUUAAAGUGUGCUAUUUGCAUUUGGAAUCUGUUGCUGUCAACUCUCAAUAUGAGAUCCAAAGAGCUGUCACUAUCUGUGAAGCAAGCCAUCAUUAGGCUGAAAAAUCAAAACAAAUCCAUCAGAGAGAUAGCAAAAACAUUAGGUGUGGCCAAAUCAACUGUUUGGAACAUUCUUAAAAAGAAAGAACGCACCGGUGAGCUCAGCAACACCAAAAGACCCGGAAGACCACGGAAAACAACUGUGGUGGAUGACUGAAGAAUUCUUUCCCUGAUGAAGAAAACACCCUUCACAACAGUUGGCCAGAUCAAGAACACUCUCCAGGAGGUAGGUGUAUGUGUGUCAAAGUCAACAAUCAAGAGAAGACUUCACCACAGCGAAUACAGAGGGUUCACCACAAGAUGUAAACCUUUGGUGAGCCUCAAAAACAGGAAGGCCAGAUUAGAGUUUGCCAAACAACAUCUAAAAAAGCCUUCACAGUUCUGGAACAACAUCCUAUGGACAGAUGAGACAAAGAUCAACUUGUACCAGAGUGAUGGGAAGAGAAGAGUAUGGAGAAGGAAAGGAACUGCUCAUGAUCCAAAGCAUACCACCUCAUCAGUGAAGCAUGGUGGUGGUAGUGUCAUGGCGUGGGCAUGUAUGGCUGCCAAUGGAACUGGUUCUCUUGUAUUUAUUGAUGAUGUGACUGCUGACAAAAGCAGCAGGAUGAAUUCUGAAGUGUUUCGGGCAAUAUUAUCUGCUCAUAUUCAGCCAAAUGCUUCAGAACUCAUUGUGGACGGCGCUUCACAGUACAGAUGGACAAUGACCCGAAGCAUACUGCGAAAGCAACCAAAGAGUUUUUUAAGGGAAAGAAGUGGAAUGUUAUGCAAUGGCCAAGUCAAUCACCUGACCUGAAUCCGAUUGAGCAUGCAUUUCACUUGCUGAAGACAAAACUGAAGGGAAAAUGCCCCAAGAACAAGCAGGAACUGAAGACAGUUGCAGUAGAGGCCUGGCAGAGCAUCACCAGGGAUGAAACCCAGCGUCUGGUGAUGUCUAUACGUUCCAGACUUCAGGCUGUAAUUGACUGCAAAGUAUUUGCAACCAAGUAUUAAAAAGUGAAAGUUUGAUUUAUGAUUGUUAAUCUGUCCCAUUACUUUUGGUCCCUUAAAAAGUGGGAGGCACAUAUACAAACUGUUGUAAUUCCUACACCGUUCACCUGAUUUGGAUGUAAAUACCCUCAAAUUA